GCUGCCCCAGCUGCAGCCGUCCUUUGUGGUCGGGUGAGGAUUCCACCGGGGCCGAGGCAGGAGGGCUUCUCGCUGCCCUGACCCAGCGGGCCGUGCAGACUGCCGGACCGUCUGCAGCGAGCCUGGAGACUGCCCGGCCGUCCGCUCCGCCUCUCGGGGCCUGCCGCCCGAAAGCGCCUCCCGCAGCAGGACCGGUCGGGAGCCAGCGCCACGGUCGCCCGCGGACCUCCCCGAGCCAUGCUGUGGGCCUGGGUCCUCUGGCUCCAGCUGCUGAGCUUCCCGCGGGAGAGCGGCGCCCGGUCCCACUCUCUCCAGUAUUUCUACUCAGCCGUCUCUGAGUCAGGCCCCGGAGUGCCCAGAUUUUCUGCCCAUGGCUUCCUGGACGACAAGCCCUUCAUCCGCUACAACAGUGAACUCAUGAAGGCGGAGCCUUGCGUGCCCUGGCUGAAAGAACAGAAGGCCUACUUUGAUGAUGAGACCAACAUCUUCGCCAACCGGAUGAAGAUUUUCCAGAUAAGUCUGAGAAACGUGCAGAAUUACUACAACAGCACCAGCAACUCAGAGCACCCACAAACGCCCGCAGGCCCCCACAUCCUCCAGUUCACCUACGGCUGCAGGCUGCAGGAGGACGGCCAGACCUGGGGGCACUGGCAGUAUGGCUACGACGGCAGCGACUACCUGAGCCUGGACUUGGACACUCUGCAGUACGUCGCAGCCUCUUUCAUUGCCCAAAAAACCAAGCAGAAGUGGGAGAUGGAUAGGAACAAAAUGGAAAGAGACCGGCAGUACUUGCAGAAGGAGUGCAUCUCAUGGCUGAAGAGAUACCUGGCUCAAGGACGGGAGGUCCUGGCCCACACUGACCGGCCCCAUAUUUACGUGACCCGCCACCCCAUCUCCAAGGAGGAGGUCACCCUGAGGUGCUGGGCCCUGGGCUUCUACCCUGAGGAGAUCACCCUGACCUGGCAGCGGGAUGGGCAGGACCUGACCCAGGACAUGGAGCUGGUGGAGACCAGGCCUGACGGGAAUGGAAACUUCCAGAAGUGGGCGGCUGUGGUGGUGCCUUCUGGAGAGGAGCAGAAUUACAAGUGCCGUGUGCAGCACGAGGGGCUGCCUGAGCCCCGCACCCUGAGAUGGGAGCAGCCUCCUCGGCCCUCCGUCCCAAGCAGUCAAGCACCUGCCAGCCGUGGAGGUCAGACUGUGGCUCUGGCCGUCUGUGUGGCUUUAAUUUCUGGAAAACUCAUGGCCUGAAGAAGAACACAGCGUAGCAGAGCUCGGCUUGUGGGGCCAUGAGAAGCAUCUGAUGUCCAGUCCCUGCCCUCUGAGUCUCUUCCCCAGCCGGAUCCUGGUGGUGCCUGCCCAUCACAUGGACCUGGAGGAGGGGCCAGGUCAGCGCCACCCACCUGCCCUGCCUCCGCCCUGCCUGCCGCUCCACACGCACCCCUGGGUCCCCUGCGCUUGGAGUGUGUGAGAGCACAGCAACUCAGGAGACGCUGUGACUUUUAAACGUGGAAGGAGAGAAAAAGAAAAUAAACUGGAGAGGGAAAGGCAAACUGUGUCUCCAAAAGGAGAACUGUGCCAGGUGUGGUGGUGCACACCUACAAGCCCAGAAUUUGGGAGGCUGAGGCAGGAGGGUCAUAGGGAGUUUAAGGCCAUGUUGGGUUACAUAGUGAGACCUGCCUUCAAAAUAAAAAUAACCAGAACGGGAGGGACAGCCGUAGGGACAGAAGCGACGGUAGUUUCAAACUGGCCCCAGCAUCAUUUCACUCAGUGUUGUGGCUUGUGUCUGGAUGUCCCCCAAAGCCUAUGCAGCUUUAAACAGGCUUUUUUCGAGGCGA